GCGACAUGUUCCAGGCUGCGGCCGCGGGGGACACAGCCUGGCUCCGGCUCAGCCUGAGGGGCGUCACGUCAGCAGCACAGCCAGGCAGGAAUGUCAGUGUCCCGCAGGAACUGUGUGCUGUGCGCUGGGCGAGCAGGAGAGUGUCGUACUGCACUCACCAGCUGGCAGAGACCCGCAGAGAACUCACACCACAUCCGUUUCCUCUGGAAAUCCUUUUCAGGUCCCCAUGGGGAUGAUUGAUCUGUGAAAUGCCCACACUUACAUCCUCCGCAGAGCGUGUUGCUUUUUCCACAACGGACUGGUCUGCAGCCUCUCUGGAUCCUGCCAGCUGUUCUGGAGGGGAGUCCACAGUGUGAGCUGAGCGUGGUAGCUGUGCGCUGGGUUCAUGAUGUGUGCAUUCGACUGCCUCCACUGCAAACUGUAAACAGGGCCAGGUUACCAGUCUAACAUGGCAGAUGCAUGUAUCUACCACCCUAACAAAUGUGUCAGGGUAACUGUGAUGGUUGGUGUAGUCUGUACUUUGUUCUACACUAUGUGUACCCUGCUGUCUAGAGGGCCGUGUUAUUGCACUGGCCUGCACUGCCUCACCUGCGAUAUACCUGUGCUGUUCUUGUCGUGACCGGGCUGGGAACAGCUCACAUCACAUUUGCACACCGACCCACCACGUCCACUAGGUUGGGACACUUAUCGGUUAAGUAAGAUAUCUUUCAGUCAGGCAGCCACUCCACCAGGCAAUCAUAUCCUCCCACUAGGCCAGAUAUUGAAGGCAGGAUUAUCUGACAUACAGUACCUGUGCUCUGAUAUGAGAGCUUAGCUAGUAGUUCAAGCUACUGCUAACACACAUACCUUUUGCUGAGAGAUAUUGCUAAUUCUUCUACCAGAUAUUUUAGUGACUAGUGCUCUCCACUUCACGGAUAGUUCUCUGUCUUCUAAUUGAAGCCUUAAUCACUCAUUAGCCUGCUACCACUAACUUCCUACAUCUCUCUCUGCUCAUCAACCCUAUGCCUGGGUCUCGACCUGUCACUAGCUGCAGCAUUGUAACCAGCGGCUGUUGUAUUACCCUGGACAUGAGACUGGCGUCUUGUCCAGGGGGUGUCUUGCCUUGCGCCUGUUGCUCCCCCACGACCCUUAAUUGCAAGCAGUGGCUAGAAAAUGGAUGGAUUGAUUAGCAUUUUCUUUCAACUAAUCAUGGAUCUACUUAAGUCAUAUUGAGAAACCUGAUCAAAGUUUUAAGGUUAUUAGAGAACAAAGAUUGGAAUAGGAGUGCCAAGAUUGCCUGUCCCUCAUAUGGGCUAUUGCUGUACUAUUGUGUCCUGGGUAGUCUUUUAUUAAACUGAGUUAUCUCCGUUGUCUCUUCUCUAUCGUCUCAGUUGGAGGAUCUGGAUUGGGCGCGGAUAUAUAGAGAAAAGGGCAGAUGAGCAGGUGUCUCCGUGUACUUCAGUAAACCUUGUGUGUACGCUCCAUGCCUGUAACGCCAGGGUGCCCGUGUGCUUGUUCGUGCCGUAGGGCCUGACGGUCCUCCACGUCGCCGCUCUGCACGGCCGGCUGGAGUGCCUGAGGCUGCUGCUGGAGGUGCACCACAUGGACGUGAACACAGGCGGCCCCGGAGGGUGGAGGCCCGUGCACCUGGCGAUCAGCUCCCGGACCGGCGCCCGCGCCAGCACCUGCCUCUCCUACCUGCUGGCACGGGGGGCCCAGCCCAGCGUGCGCAGCGAUGACGGCACCACUCCGCUGCACCGGGCGGCCGGCGAGGGCCUGCUGGACUGUACCGUCACGCUAGUGCAGGCGGGGGCGGAGCUCAGCGCACGGGACGGCGAGGGCCACACCCCCCUGGACACCGCGAAGCUCUGGGGCUACAGGGCCAUCGCCAGGUUCCUGAAGGAUGCUGUGUGGAGGACAGAGAAGCAGGAGCAGGCAGCACAGUGCAGGCAGCUCCAGCAGCUCAAACAGCGCCUCCUCAGGACACACCAAGAGCUGCAGCAAAAAACACAGAUGGACAAGGAGCACUUCAACCAGCUGAAGUUUGAGCAGUGGGCCCAGAAGAAGGGCUUGCCUGGCCCGUCACUGAUCCCGAGAAACUCCUUCCGGAGGUCACGGGGCGUUCCCCCUGACGCACCCACCCUGGACAGGACAGGGGCUGUCGGAGAGGGCAGGGCAGAGAAAGGCCCCCCAGUGAAGGGGCUCGUUAGUAGGACCAUGAAGGCCGGAGAGCCAGAAACGCACAUGAGGGGCAGAGAGCUGUCAGAUGGCUCGGGAGCAGGAGAGGGAGUCCACCCUCCUCGGUCUGAGGGAGGAGUGCGAGAGGAGCUGGCGAGGCCGGCAGGGGGGCGUCCUAGGGAAGCCUGGAACAGAAGCACCAACCCAGCCAGGACCCCACGGGCCGCCAUCAGCAGGCCCCACGGUGUCCGGCUGGGCACGCACCCCGAGGAGGAGGCCCGAGACCCCGAUCUGACGGGAUGUGUGGUCCUGACACAGGGAUGGGACCGGCAAACUCUGAUCAUGCCAGCCUGGGGAGGCCGGCCCCUCCCUGCGCCCCCUCUGCCACAGGACGUCCUGCACAGGAGCCUGUUCCCCAGAUCUCACCUCAGCCGCAUCACCUCCCCGUGUGACUUAGUCCCCACUCACCUGCAGGACCUACCCCGAAGACGCCACCCCAGCACUGAUGGGAGUCCUUGGACGGAGGUGGCCAUGCAUCUGUCUGAAGCCCUGCAGCCUGGACAUUACUAGGGAUGAGCUGGAAUGUCAGCAUCAUGUGUGUUUUCUGGCAGGACCAUUUGAACUGUAUCUUACAGUUCUUAACAACCUUAAAAGUGCUGGAAUUACAUGCUUUAUUAACUGACAAUUUUAUUAUUCACUCUUGAGCAUCAAGAUCUGAGUAUCCAGUAGUGAAUAAGUACUAAUGUGUGGUGUCCUUGUGAGGAUUAUUGGAUGGGCUGCAGAAAUGCACAUUGUGGGUGUCUGUACAGUGUUCUGCUCUGUGCACAUGCAUGUUCUUACCUGCUGACCGAUUUUGUUUUGUGCAAGUGAGCUUUCGGGGAGAGAGUGGUACCAUGAUUAUGUUGCUGAAACAGUCAGAAGAAGCCAAGGAAAAGGAAUAGGAAUAGGAGGUAUUGCCCCACAAAUGUAACCGAGUAUAGAUCUUUUAUAGUAACUCUUAUCCGAGUAAUCUCAAAACCUAGCAUGCAGAAUGGAUAUUUCAGUGUUUCAUCUCUUGUUGCAUGAGGCUUUCUAAAUAAUGGGGCAAUCUGGGCAAGUGCCCACGUAGCUCCUACUAAAAUGUAUUAAGUUUGAUGUGAAACAGCCUAGGCAGCAGGGGAUGAGGUCUAGGAGUUGUAAGAGGUUAGAUGUAGAUUACAAAGCUUCUUCUGUACAUCUGUUAAUAAAUGGUACAAACACCCCUGACAAAAAUCCUCAGACGAACCACAUCUGAUAUCUUUUUUUGGAUUAAAUUAAAAAAGAUCAAC